AUGAAGAUGCUGACGCGGCCAACCCUACUGGCCACCUUCAACACCCUCCUUCUCCUGCCAUUCUCACACACCAUCGAGGCAGCAUCAAAUACGCCCAAAAAGGACGCACAUCCUCCCUGCACCGUCCAGUCCCUAACGACCGGCGCAUUCUUUGAUCUAAGCACAAUCUCUCUAUCCCCUCCGGAAUUGAAGGAUGGCAGAAAGGUACACAAGACCGAUCGGGAUGGGAGCUGGGAAGCUCGGGGUCAUGAUUAUGGAACGAACUUUACCAUAAAUAUUUGUGCGCCUGUCAUUGAGAAUGUGGGGGAUGUCGUGGGAGUAGAGAAGUCAAGAUGGCAGAAUAUCAGUGCCUACUAUGAACGGAAGGGAAAGGUUUAUUCUCUCGGGGAACAAAACUCCGAACCUAUAUUUCGAGGCAAACGACUCGUACUAAACUAUACUAAUGGAUCACCAUGCCCAAGCUCCGAUACCCUCAACUCGAGAUAUUAUUUGGGUGAUGAAGAAGACGAUGGGGAGCACGCCACAGUACAGACCUACAAGAACCGAAAGGCCGUUUCAACCACCGCAGCAAGUGAUAGUAAGACAACCAGACGAAAAUCGACAAUCAUGUCCUUCCUCUGUGACCGAGAAGCUGCUCCAUCCCAGGCCACGGUUUCUUUCGUCGGCACAAUGGAUUCAUGCACGUACUUCUUUGAAGUAAGAACCUUUGCGGCUUGUGGUGGUGUAGCUGCGGCUCCAGAAGGCGGUCUUGGACCUGCUGGUAUUUUUGGCGUGAUUGCUCUAAUCGCUAUCUUUGUAUAUCUUCUCGGAGGCUGCGCGUAUCAGCGCUCAGUGAUGCACCAGCGUGGUUGGCGACAGUGCCCUAAUUAUAGCAUGUGGUCCGAAUUGCUCGGAUUCUUCAAGGACUUCGCCAUCAUCAUCUUCUCCUCUCUGACCCGCUGCUUUACGGGGAAAGGCUCUCCCUCGUCAGCGGGCUAUUCACGCGCCAACGGUCAAAACGGCCUGAUUGGUGCUAUCGGUGGUCGACGAGGAGGAGACCGAGGCGGCCGAGGGGACGUCGAUGCUGAAAACCGCUUAAUAGACCAGUUGGAUGAGGAAUGGAACGAUUGA